CGCUUCUUGGGGCGAGGGGAAAACGACAAUGCUAUUCAAAGGGUUUGUAGGAAACACUAACUCACUGACGCAGUUGGACAGUGUAUUUCCCCGCUUUAAGGACAGCCCAUCAUUCCAGUCCAUGAAUAAGCUAGAAGCAUGCAAGAAAAAAGGAAAUUUGGCGGCUAGUUCUCGGGCCGAAGCUUUUGAUACCCUUUCGUACCGAUCUUUAAUUGGCGGUGCAGCAAAAAAUAGGGCUUUUUGUUCAUAAAAACGACCAAUCAUGGCUAUAUACAGAACACAUUGAAUAUGCUCUAUGGGGACGGAUACGCUUCUUUCGAUAAAAUCAUUAUACUCUCUGCAAGGGUAUACAAGAGUUUAACAAAGCCAACCGACAAAAAAAAAACACAAAAAACAAAGAUACAUAUGUAGAUAAAAGAUUUGUACGUUUGUAUGAGAAGAGAGUGGUUGGAGACAGAAAACCAAGUGACAAAGGGGAGAAGAAGAAAUCAAAUAGAGGCUUUUAAAAAGUGCCUUUUAGAUGACACUUUCCGAAGGUGAAAAAACAAACACAAAAACAAAAACAAACAGACAUGAAAUGAAGUUGCGGAAGAGUAAGCACAGAAAGAAACAGACGAGUUUUCACCGGAAUAUGCAUAUCGCUUUCUUUGACCACUCACGCAUCGCACUCUCUCUCCCGCUCUGACCUACGCCGCAGAGUUGGGGGGCCGCCGCCACCAGUCAAUUCUAACCUCAAAAACUUGUCUAUGCACAGGGCGCCCACGGACCGCAAGAAGGAGCACAUCAAACGUCCGAUGAACGCGUUCAUGGUCUGGGCCCAGGCAGCUCGUCGCGUCAUGUCCAAGCAGUAUCCGCAUCUGCAGAACUCUGAGCUGAGCAAAUCGCUGGGCAAGUUGUGGAAAAAUCUGAAGGAUAGCGAUAAGAAGCCGUUUAUGGAAUUCGCCGAGAAGCUGCGCAUGACGCACAAGCAGGAGCAUCCCGACUACAAGUACCAGCCGCGUCGCAAGAAGGCAAGGGUCAUGCCCCAGCAUCAGGGAGAAGGCAUAGCCCCCUCAGCCACAGCCGCAGCGGCCGGCGCUUCCCCGAUGACGGUCGGUGCCAGGCAGCAGAGGAGCUCGAACUCGGGCGGGGUGUCCUCCAGUGGCCAGAGGCGUGUUCCGAAGGUAAACGGAUCCAAUCUGUGCUCCACAGCGGGGUCCAGCUCCAGUUCCAACUCCACCUCCACCUCCGCCUCCACCUCGGAUGUCUUCAGCAACGAGGCCUUCAUGAAGUCCCUGAACAGUGCCUGCGCCGCCAGCCUCAUGGAGCAGGGGCUUAGCCUGAACAGUGAACCGGGCCUGGACUCGCCCUGCUCCACGGCCAGCUCCCUUUCCUCGCUCACACCGCCGGCCACGCCGUACAGCGGCUCCUCCGCGAAGCCCACCGCAGGAGGCGUCUCCUUGAACAGCUCCAGCCUGCUGCUGCGGCAGCUGAGCGAGCCGAGCAGUAAUGGUGGCAAUACGGAUUACGGGGUCCUGCUGGAUGCUGGCCGGGAGUACAUAGCCCUGGGCGACGUCAACUACGGCCAGCAGCAGCAGCAGCAGACGCAGGGGGCCCCUGAGAUGGAUUUCCUGGAGAACAUCAACGGCUAUGCAGGCUAUGCGGGCAAUGGUCGGGGCGUGAAUUAUCCCGGCUAUGCUUACACUCCCGCUGGAGGAGGAGCAGUGGGUCUCGGAGUGGGGGAUUUCCAAGAGCAACAGCAGCAGCAGCAGCAGCAGCCGCAUCCGCAGGCCACAACGAGCGUCAGCGCGUCACAGGCCAGUGGAGCCUUAAAUUACAAGUCAGCCACUGACAUCGAUCCCAAGGAAAUUGACCAGUAUCUCAUGGAUCAAAUGCUGCCCAUGACGCACCAUCACUCGCCGCCUUUGAACUCCUCCGCCUCGCUCUCCUCGGCCUGCUCCAGCGCCAGUGCCAGCUCCCAGGCGGUCGUCGAGUGUGCGGCCUACUAUGAGCAGUUGGGCUACCUCCCUUCCGCCCAGAGUCAGAGCACGAACUUUGGCCCCCAGCACCAUGCAACAUAUGUUUCUGCGGUUCCACCACUCGCUCCGCAUCCGCAUCCACAUCCCUCUGCCUUGAGUGUGCCUGCAACCGUAACGCAGCAGGAACUGCAAUCCCAUUCGCAUCCCCAGCAGCAGGAGCAGCACCAGCACCAGCACCAGAACCCAUCGCAGCAUCAUCUUUGGGGCACUUACACUUAUGUCAAUCCCUAAGAUACUUCAUUUGCACAUUUGUUGUCCUGCGUUGGAGCGCUCCCCCUCUUUAUGGGUCACUCGAAUGGCUUUCGUUUAUUGGUUUAUUGUCUGUGCAAUGUCUGUGUGUGCAUGUGUGUCUGUGUCUGUGUGUGUGUGUGUGUAUGUGUCAGUCUGUCUGUGUGAAGAGUAUCUGUGUGCGUUGAGCUCGAGGGUCUUUUUGGGAGGAUUUUGUGCAAUUUAAGCUAAUCGCUGCGAUUUUCCUUUAUGUCUGCAUUCCCCUCAUCAAUAUGCGACUCGGAUGGGAAUUUAUUUUCUCAAAUGAAAUGCGAAAACAAAUGCAAGACAAUUCCAUAGCAAAAUUACUUCAAUUGCCUAUCAAAUGUUCUUUUAUUUCAAAGAAAAUACCUCGAAACUGAUGAUGCUUGAAUUCAUAGCUAAAUGGAAGAAAUACAAUAAAUGCAGAUAGUUUUAGCAAACUCUAAAAAUUUAAUUAAAAUAAAUAAUACUAAGUGUAUACGGAAUUGUAUGAAAAAUGUGUACAAUUAAAUACGAAAUA